UCCUCCUCCUCUGGCGCCGAUCUCUACCACGAAGACGCCGGCGGGCGGCCCCGGCGACCGGAGAAUCAGGGGUCUUCCACCCCCCUCCUCCCCAUUGCUAUCAGAGUGAAACUAGUCAGUGUUGGUGGAAAUGGCGAGCACAGCAUGCUUUGUGAUUGUAAGUAAGAACGACAUCCCAAUCUACGAGGCAGAAGUUGGAUCCGCACCCAAAAAAGAAGAUCUAGCUUAUCACCACCAGUUCAUCCUACAUGCUGCACUAGAUGUUGUUCAGGACCUAGCAUGGACCACAAAUGCAAUGUUCCUGAGAUCGGUUGAUAGAUUUAAUGACCUUGUGGUGUCUGUUUAUGUAACUGCCGGUCAUACUAGAUUCAUGCUGCUUCAUGAUUCACGUAGCGAGGAUGGAAUAAAAAGCUUUUUCCAAGAGGUUCAUGAACUUUACAUCAAGAUAUUCCUCAACCCUCUCUACCUGCCCGGCUCUCGCAUCGCGUCCUCUCACUUCGACACAAAGGUCAGGGCCCUCGCAAGGAAGUAUCUCUAGUGCCCUCGGUCAUGGAGCUUCGCGUCAUUCUGCGGAAGCAGGCCGGCAGAAGCACCCCACACUUUGUUUCAGCCUGUUUCGUUUCCUGCCUGUCACACACAUGCUAUGCAGGUGGCAUAAGUUAGAGUAUACCCUUUUUUUCUUGCUUGGGACUACUAUGCCUGUAAUGCUAGUGAAAUCAUGAGUUGUGAGAAGUUACUCCCAGCUGUCUGCCCCAAAAUCUGGUGAAUUGACUUGAAUGGACCGUGCUGUGCUGUACUACAUGGCAAAUCUGUGUAAUCUCCGCAUUGAUAGCAUGUAAAGCACAUUCUACCGAUUUCCUAUUAUCCUCUGUCCUGUUACUUGGCCAA